ACAACUGAGCCAACAACUACAGCUGCAACUACAACUACAACUGAGCCAACAACUACAGCUGCAACAACUACAGCUGCGACAACAACUACAGCUGCGACAACAACUACAGCUGCAACAACAACUACGGCUGCAACAACAACUACAGCUGAGCCAACAACUACAGCUGAGCCAACAACUAUGGCUGCAACAACAACUACAGCUGCAACAACUACAGCUGCAACGACAACUACAGCUGAGCCAACAACUACAUCUGCAACAACAACUACAGCUAAGCCAACAACUACACCAACAACUACAGCUGCAACUACAACUACAACUGAGCCAACAACUACAGCUGCAACAACUACAGCUGCGACAACAACUACAGCUGCGACAACAACUACAGCUGCGACAACAACUACGGCUGCAACAACAACUACAGCUGAGCCAACAACUACAGCUGAGCCAACAACUAUGGCUGCAACAACAACUACAGCUGCAACAACUACAGCUGCAACGACAACUACAGCUGAGCCAACAACUACAUCUGCAACAACAACUACAGCUAAGCCAACAACUACAACUGAGCCAACAACUACGGCUGCAACAAAAACUACAGCUGAGCAAACAACUACAACUGAGCCAACAACUACAGCUGCAACAACAACUACAGCUGAGCCAACAACUACAUCUGAGCCCACAACGACGGCUGCAACAACAACUACCGCUGCAACUACAACUACAGCUGCAACUACAACUACAGCUCCAACUACAACUACAUCUGAGCCCCCAACUAUGGCUACGGCUGCAACAACAACUACAGCUGAAACUACAACUACAGCUGCAACAACAACUACAUCUGAGCCCACAACUAUGGCUGCAACAACAACUACAGCUGCAACUACAUCUACGGCUGCAACAACAACUACAGCUGCGCCAACAACUACAGCUGAGCCAACAACUACAGUUGAGCCAACAACUACGGCUGCAACUACAACUACAACUGCAACUACAACUACAACUGGAACAACAACUACAUUUGAGCCCACAACUACGGCUUCAAAAACAACUACAGCUGCAAAAACUACAGCUGAGCCAACAACUACAGCUGACCCAACAACUACAACUGAGCCAACAACUACAGCUGCAACUACAACUACAACUGAGCCAACAACUACAGCUGCAACAACUACAGCUGCGACAACAACUACAGCUGCGACAACAACUACGGCUGCAACAACAACUACAGCUGAGCCAACAACUACAGCUGCAACAACAACUACAUCUGAGCCCACAACUACGGCUGCAGCAACAACUACAGCUGCAACAACUACGGCUGCAACA